GGCUCAAUGCUCUAUGCUCUAUGGCUUUGCAGCCGUCUAUCACAAUGGUGGAAGUCACAGGGGAUGAAGAUGAGGAAUGGGGGGACGAAGACGAGGUGGUGGUGUGGAGCAAGAACAGCACCAAUACCCAGGGUUCGGCGCUUGACGGCGACAAUGUCGGUGUCCGGGGGAAACAGCAAGUCGGUCAUCAUCCUCGUGGCCUGCUUGUCGCCUCGUUGGCCAACCUCGCCAUCAGCUACAACGUGGUCAAUGUCGGCCUCGCCCUGAAGAUCAUGGCCAAGAUUUACCCGUCAGAGUCGGCGACAGACGAGAGCUUGGUGAGCUCCGCGGCCAUCCUCGGCAUGAUGGCGGGACAAGUAAUCUUCGGAGCCUUGGGCGACUGCCUCGGGCGACAGCUGGCACUCUGCUGCACCCUCCUGGUUUGUGGUGCAGGUGCGGCUGGUAGCGCACUCCUGACGUUCGAACACGGCAUCAUCGGUGGAGACAUUUUCCGCCAGCUGCUCUACUGGCGUGUCUUGCUGGGCAUUGGCGCGGGAGGGGUAUACCCACUCGCGGCUACCCUUGCCAGAGCCAGCAGAAUCAGCGGUCGGUGUUCACGCCUGAACGGUGGCAGCGGUGGCGACGAGGACACCGGCAGCACCUCCGUGGCGCUCAUGUUCUCGAUGCAGGGGGUGGGUUACCUCGCCGCCCAUUUGACCGGGUUCGUCCUGCUGACCGCCUUCCCGGAGCCGUCUUCCCUGACGUGGCGCUCGCUGCUGGGGCUGGGGGCGGUGCUGCCGUUAGGCCUGGCGAUCGCGCUCGCGCUGGCCCUCGCACGCGCUCGGCGAUACCGGCUCGUGCAAUCGUCGCUGGGGGAAGAGGAGGAAGAGGAGGAUGCUAUGGGGGUGCGAAGGGGUGGUGGCGCAAGCGACGAGGUGCCUAGCCCCGUGCGUUUCUGGCUGGCCGUUCGAGACAAGAGACGGCUGCUGAUGAAGCUUGUCGGGACGGCCGGGUCGUGGUUCUUGUUCGAUGUUACAUUCUACGGUAACCAGCUGUACGAGGAGGACGUCUUGGAGGCGGUCUUCGGCAACGCGGAAAGCCUCCGAGACGAGGCCUCUCAGGACAGCUUGGUGGCUUUGGUGGCGCUGCCCGGGUACUUUGUGGCCGUCGCCCUCAUCUCACGAAUGGGGCCCAGACGGGUGCAGGUCCAGGGCUUUUUGGCGAUGGCGUUGCUGUUCGCGGUAAUCGGGCUGUCCUUCCAUUCCCUUGGCCGCCACGCCGACAUCCUGAUGCUACUGUACAGCUUGACGUUCUUCUUCAGCAACUUCGGGCCGAAUUCGACGACGUUCAUGCUGCCGUCCCUCACGUUUCCCGACCAAGUGCGUAGCUCUCUCAACGGGAUUUCAGCCGCCGCAGGGAAGCUGGGGGCUCUGGCGGGAAGCCUGAUGUUUAAGCCAGCGGCGGAGACCUGGGGCGUGGGGCCCGUGCUCGUUGUCUGCGCACUAAUCUCCUUGGCAGGUAGCUUCUUGACCCUCGCGUUCGUGGACAGCGGAGAGCCACAGCCGAUCCUUGUCCGUUCCGGCGAAUCGGACGACGAGGAUGGUGCCCUCAACAGGACUAGUAGUGCUAUGGCGACGGAGGGCCUAGAGAUGACCCGCGCUGCUUUGAGGUCAUCAGCCAAGGUGUCGGCGAGCAGCACAAGAACGGCGGCGGUGGUGGCAAGUAGCGUUGGGCCUGUAGACGGGCUUGAAGGCGUUCGCGAGGCGAUGGCAGUCGGCGGUUACAGUGACAGCGGUGGCCCGCUCUCCCCAGGGCCGUCGCGGGAACAUCCGCUGGCAAAGCCACGGGGGCGAGGAACGGGCACGGGGAUAGGCAUGUACGCGAGGGUUGGGGCUAGCGUUUACGGCGCGAGGGAUAACGGGGUGUUUGGCCGGGGUAAUUCAGCAAACGGUUUCCGGAGAGAGGGGAGUUUUGGUGGGGAGGACGAAGGAGGCUACCGGAACCUGGCGCUCGGUAGGACGGGGGGAGUUGAAGGAGAAAUGGAGGCCGGUGACGGCAGCAGGUGGGGCGGGGACAGUGACAACAGCGGGGAUAGGUAUCACGGCGGCGGUGGUGUCGGGGGGGUCGGGAGUGGGCUUGUCGAGCCUGCUUGAGGGUUUCGGGGAAGGCUUGGGCUACUAGACUAUGAAAAUACUGUCGGCACACAAGCGAGGCUGUGGGAUUUGAGUGCGGGUUUUGUACUUGAUGUCUGAGUGGACAAAUGUUCGUGCGACUAGGUGCGUGUACAUCAACCUUCUGUCCCCUGCGCGCGCUUGCACGGUCUGCGAAAAGCAUUGUGUCAAUUCGCUCUAGUUCUGAACGCAUCAAUACGCUAAACAUUUUGAAUGCGACUUUCACAAUCGAACCGAUGUGGUGUGGAUGGUUUCGGAGCCGUGAGAUUAUGGCUUCCAUCGCCGACAGUUGUGUGCGGGCCUACGCGGAGAAAGCACCGGGGACAAUGAAGGCUUGCUCGAGUGCUUGUCGUGGUGUCGGAGUUCUUCCCUCCGCAUUGGUGAGACUACAGUUAGCCUCUAGGCUACCCUUGCCAGGUAUUUGAUGUUGGCAAACGCGUGAAUUUGUGCCUUUCGUGUAUGUGUGCAGCAACGCUGUGUUUGUGCUUGUAAAGCAUUGAGCAGUGUUUGUGUUGUCUCUUCUGUGCGUAUUGUAAACCGCUUCGUUUGUUGCUGUUGUUAGUGUGUACCCUGCACUUUGGAGAAGAGUGCAGACCCGCGUCUAUCAAAGCACGGGGGGUGUUGGUGGUGUCUUGUCCUGUCCUGUCCUGUCCUAUUCUGUCCGGUCCGGUCCUGUUGUUGUUUGUUGUUUCCUGCGUCCGUGCCGUCUUUUGCCAUCGGCCUACGUGACCACCAGUGGUGCGCACGUUUUCGCUUGGCAUAUCUGCAAUCCACGAGGUACUAGAGUGUUGAGUAAAACCAUAGAUUACGCGUUGUUCUGGGCAUAAAAUUAUCAGCGGUGCGCAGAUGCUUGGAAUUCGGCUGCCUUGCUCGCGCAGAGGUCACGCCUCGACAGUAUGUAUUGGUUUGAGAAACGUUGAAACUCGCUGCAGGCGUAGCGCUCGAUUCAAGUUUGUCUUUUGGAAAGGAGAAAGAGAAAUGUCACAG